CUCCUUUAAACUCUGUCAAGAACAAGAACGGUCGGCCCUAAGUGUUCGAUACCGCGUUUUAUGGAAGUACCUUGCCUUGUGUGAUAUCGUUAACCGUUUGCCUGUACUAAGUGCGUAUUACGCUAUUGUACGAAACAUGGAGACAAUUUUGGAGCAGCAACGUCGCUAUCAUGAGGAAAAGGAGAGGCUAAUGGAUGCUAAAACAAAAGAAGUGUUACACAAGAAAUCGACGUUGCGGGAACAGAUCAAUUCGGAUCAUAGGACAAGAGCCAUGUUGGACCGCUAUAUGGAAGUGAGUGCCAAUCUCAGAGACUCUUAUGAAGACAAAGAUGGAAUGAGGAGGGAUGAGCUCGCUGCCAUCUCGGGGCCCAAUGAAUUUGCAGAGUUCUACGACAGACUUAAACAGAUAAAGGAGUUUCACAGGAAGCACCCGAAUGAAAUUUCCAUUCCAAUGUCUGCAGAAUUCGAAGAGCUGAUGAAAGCCAGAGACAACCCUAGUGAUGAGGCUCAGAACCUAGUGGAAUUCACGGAUGAAGAAGGAUACGGCCGCUACCUUGACCUGCACGAUUGCUACCUGAAGUACAUCAACCUGAAAGCAGCCGAGAAAGUCGAGUACAUCACUUACCUGUCAUCGUUUGACCAGCUCUUUGACAUCUCCAAAGAGAGAAAGAAUGCAGAAUACAAAAAGUAUUUGGAGAUGCUGCUGGAGUACCUGCAGGACUACACUGAUCGGGUCAAACCUCUACUCGACCAAAAUGACCUCUAUGACAAAGUGCUGUCAGACUUUGAGAAAAAGUGGGAGACGGGCACAUUCCCAGGGUGGCCUAAAGAGACAAGUAGUGCUUUGACGCACGCCGGAGCUCACCUGGAUCUCUCGGCUUUUUCGUCUUGGGAGGAGUUGGCUUCUUUGGGUCUGGACAGAUUAAAGUCUGCUCUUCUGGCAUUGGGACUGAAAUGUGGAGGGACUCUUGAAGAGCGAGCUCAGCGACUCUUUAGCACCAAAGGCAAAUCUUUGGACCUGCUGGAUCCAUCGCUGUUUGCCAAAAAUCCCAAAGUGAAAGGUCCUAAGAAGGACACCGAACGAAACAAGGAAAUUGCCUUUUUGGAGGCUCAACUCUAUGAAUACGUCGAAAUCCUCGGUGAGCAGAGGCAGCUUACUCACGAGAAUGUGCAGAGGAAGCAAGCGAGAACUGGAGAGGAACGUGAGGAAGAAGAAGAGGAGCAGAUCAGCGAAAGUGAAAGCGAAGACGAAGACAACGAGAUCAUCUACAACCCUAAAAAUCUGCCCCUGGGUUGGGAUGGCAAGCCAAUUCCAUACUGGCUCUAUAAACUCCACGGACUGAAUAUCAACUACAACUGUGAAAUCUGUGGAAACUACACCUACCGAGGACCCAAAGCUUUUCAGAGACACUUUGCGGAAUGGAGGCAUGCCCAUGGCAUGCGUUGUCUCGGAAUCCCCAACACUGCCCACUUUGCCAAUGUCACCCAGAUUGAGGAUGCUGUUUCUUUGUGGGCAAAACUGAAGUCCCAAAAGGCAUUAGAGCGCUGGCAACCUGACACAGAGGAGGAGUAUGAGGACUCAAGCGGAAAUGUAGUCAAUAAAAAAACAUAUGAAGAUCUCAAGAGGCAGGGUUUACUGUAGAUGUUAUUCUAAGCAAGGUAUUACUUGGAUUUGGAUCCACCUUCCAUUCCCAACAUUGGUAUUUUGCAAUUUUUGAUCAUCACAAUAAAGAUCAGUAUUUCGCUACUUCAAAA